AUGGCACGCAUGAAGGACUAUUUCCUCCUACUGAGUGAUGUGGGUGAGAUUUUGGAUCUGAAAAGCUGCAUUCACCUGUUGGAGAUACGCUCAGAUCAUGAUAAACUGGCUUCCGUGGAGUAUUGUCUUACUGGACCAGGAGCCGACAAGCCACCAGUUAACCUCUUUAAGGUGAACCCUGACACUGGCUUCGUAACUGUCACUGCAGUCGUGGACCGUGAGCAAUAUCCGUAUUUCAACCUAACAGGAUGUGCUAGGUACCGAAAUGGGACUCCAGCAGAGGAAAAUAUUCCACUAAUGGUCUAUAUUGUGGAUAUUAAUGACAACGCUCCUUAUUUUGAGCUGCAUGUUGGAAGCGUCACAGAAGUCAGCAAACCAGGAACCCAUGUUAUGCACAUUGUAGGGAAAGAUAAGGAUCAAGAAGGAACAAUUAAUUCAGAGAUCUCCUACUCCAUCAUUAGUCAAGAGCCAGCAGGAACUGGAGAAAUGUUUAGCAUAAAUGCAAAGACAGGGGAACUGAUGGUUAAAGAGCCCACACUGGACAGAGAGACUCAUGACAGCUACAAACUCAUUGUACAAGGAGUUGAUAUGGGAGGAGCACCGGGAGGACUGACAGGCACAGGGACUGUAGAGAUCAAAGUCUUGGACAUCAAUGACAAUGUGCCCACUCUGAAAGAUUCUGCGUACACUGGGGCAGUGGAUGAAAAUACUGCUGAUGUCAUUGUGUUGAUAAUUAAAGCUUUGGAUAAAGACCUUGAAUGCUCACCCAAUUGGCUGGCAGUGUUUAACAUCACCAAAGGAAAUGAGGAUGGACUCUUCUCCAUUGAGACAGACAAACAAAAAAAUGAGGGCAUCCUAAAGCUGAUCAAGGCUGUGGACUUUGAAGAAGUGCAGAAUCUUGAUCUUGACCUGAUGAUAACAAAUGAAGCUCCUUUUUAUGAAGGUGAUGCUAUUAAAAUGUAUGUGGAUGUUAUUGUUGGAGAGGGUGGGGUUGCAGUUGGUGGUGCAGCAGAAGCAGGGAUUGGAGUUGGUGUGGACCAGGGUGCAGGCAUGGGUCUGGAUCUAGGAUUGGAUGUAGGUGUGGAUGCAGGUCUGGAUGCCGGUCUGGAUGCUGGUCUGGAUGCUGGACUUAAACCUGAAAUUGGUCUUGGCCCUGGAGUUGGUCUUAAGCCUGGAUUAAGCGGUGGUCUUAAACCAAAACAGCCCAAAACAAAGCCAAAGCAAGGUGCACCAGGAAAAACAUAUCCAAUCAAGAUUGCAGUAAAUAAUUUACCAGAGGGUCCGGUAUUCAAGCCCACCACAAAGAAUGUUGCUGUGCCAGAAGAUCCAAAAGAUGUGCCCAAAGAUGGUAUAAUCACAACAUUUGCUGCUAUUGACCCAGACACAGGAACAAUGGCUGAAAAUGUCAGCUAUGCUAAAGCCUAUGACCCAGACAACUGGAUUACCAUUGAUGACAAAACUGCAGAAAUUAAGAUCAACAAGCUACCAGAUCGAGAGUCACCAUUCUUGGUAAAUGGGACAUACAUUGCCAAGAUUCUUGCCAUAAGCCAAGACGCAACACAUAAGACGGCCACAGGGACGAUAGCCAUUCACGUUACUGACCACAAUGACAACUGUCCCACCCUGACCACUGCCAACAGCAGUUUGUGCUCUGAUGAGAAAACUGUAUAUGUCACCGCAUUUGACGAGGACAUGCCUCCCUUUGCUGAUCCAUUUACCUUCAGAAUCAUUCCUGAUGGGACCACGGGAAACUGGGAAGUAGAAAUCAUCAAUGCGACCACUGCAGCGUUUCACUCCACUGAAGCCUUGUGGCCAGGUUUACAUGAGCUGCAGGUGGAGGUGGCAGAUGCUCAGGGUUUGUCCUGCCCAUCCAGUGAGGUUUUUAGUAUUCACGUCUGUACAUGUGAAUACGUAAAGAGCUGUGAGUCAUUCGCACGCUUGGGUGCCAAGAAAACUACAACCGAGUUCGGUGCUCCAGCCAUCGGCCUCAUUCUCUCUGCACUGUGCCUCCUGCUGUUCGUUCCUCUUCUGCUGCUAUUCUGUGACUGUGGAGGAAAAAACAACAUCUUUCCUGAUCAGUUCAGUGAUAUCCCCUUUGAGACAAAAGAGCAUCUCAUAUCUUACCACACUGAAUGCAAAGGGGAGGACAAGGAAGUGCCACUCCAAAGUAUCCCUCUAGUGCUUGGGGCCCAAAAGAAAGUUGAGGGAGCAAACAGCAACACCAAGCAGUCACAAAUGAGGGGCACUCAAGAGACGACUACAAGUUAUGGUGCAUUUAUGCAGAACUUUAACGAAAAUAGCCAGAGUUUGCUAGAAGUCGACAAUCCCACUGGGAUGUAUCCAAGGGAUACAUUCAGCCGUGGCACUGCUAGUACUACAUUGUUGCAGAAUUCAUUUGGCAUCCAUAAUUCUCGCAAGGCGGCUCUGUAUGAAGACAUCGCCUUACCUGACAUAUUCCUUGAUGAUUACUUCUCACAGAAAGCAGCAUUUGCUGUGCCAGCGAAGGACUAUCUGUUGACAUAUGAUUAUGAUGGUCAGGGCUCCCCUGCAGGCUCAGUGGGCUGCUGCAGCCUAGUUGAUCCUGAUGAUGGUCUUCAGUUCCUCAAUGACUUGGGUCCAAAGUUCAAGACCCUGGCUGAAAUAUGCUGCCCUCCAUCUCCUCCAACACAUCAACCAUCCAUGACACACAAUACUGGAAGUUCUUUAAAAGCCACAACUGACAUUGGUGAGACAGUUGUCAAACCAAGAAACGAGCGCAUCACUGACUCAAUGCAAACUGAUGUGAUAAGGGAUAAUAUGGUGUCUUCUGCCAACAUUUCCAAAUCAUCGGUAACCAAAAUAAGCAGUGACCCUUCAAUAAUGACACUGCCUCACUCUAAGGUUACUAAUAUUGGUCAUUCCUCAAAUAUUACUCGUUCAACCACUCUGCCCCACCCUCCUCAGACAGUCGUACUACAGCAGCAGCCACUGUACUACACUACCAACACUGUACUACAGCCCAUGCGCUAUGUAGUUCAGCCACAGCUCCAGAACACUGUUCUGAUGGCUGAUGGAGUCAAUGCGCAGGGCCUAUAUGUAGUCAGUGGUCAAAGCCCCUCUUCAGGACUUGUAGUCAGUGGGAAUCAGAUUUCCUCCACGGGUCUUGCAGUCAGUGGGCUCCACAGUUCUACUUCGGGCAUUUUAGUUAGUGGAGCCCAGAGUUCCCCUUUAUUUUUACAAGGUAUUGAGAGCCGUAGACGUUCCACAAGCACAGGCAGCCCUACUAGUCCAGUCAGUCCUGUCUUGUUGCUUCCUCGGAGUCCAUUUGUGUCCCAGGGUUCAAUCCCUGCGGAUGGAUGGAAAAUGGUUGGGCCAGACCCUGACGGCAAUUACAUGCUAGUAAAGGAUAAGAGAAGGCCAAGUGAGGCACACAGGUCAAUCCCAGGUUCACCUCAGGGCACUUUGCCCAGAGGUGAUAUCCUGAUAAACGAGGCUGCUCCUCCUCAGGGGGUUUUAGGCCUAGCAGCCCAGGGCAGUGUGUACAGCAUUUUGCCAAGACACAUUGUGAGAAAUAAAAGGAAUGUUGUUGCAGUAACGAAUAAUUUGGGCCAAACACGGGUUGGACAAACAGGGUAUCAUAGUUUUGGGCCAGUCACUGUUGUAGGGGUUGGUGUUGGGCAGCCACAGAUGGAAAAUUUAAUUGCAGUGAAUCCAGAGAUGAGUCACACUGGACUUUUGCCAGCUGGAGUUAGACAUGUUAGUGUAAGCCAAGUUCAAGGAUUCCCACCAUUACAAGAAAUAAACCACAACAGCAGGGUUUCAAGAACAUGUAGAGCAGAUUAUCCAAGGAGAGAAAGGACCAUUGAUGUUAUCAAUGCCUUUACUAAUUCUAAAACCACUCAACCUACACUGCCAUCAAAAAAAGGGGUGAUGAAAGACUUGUUGAAAGCAGAGAGUGAUAUAACUAACAAAUUACCUCAACACAAACCCGACAAUGAGCUUUCAGAAAUGUUCACUUCCACAACGGCGCAGGGGGCAUCCCUGUACACUGAAGAUAUCCAAGCUGUAUUCAAAGAUAGUGGAACCACAAUGAUAAAUGAGCGAGAUGAUCUAAAAGCAGUACCAGAAAAGACUCUGAAAGUUGAUGAAGGGAGUUUGAAAUCCUUCCCACAGUCAGUCGUACCACUGAGAACAUUUGACCAGUCCAACAUAGCAGAACACACAAACAGUGACAAAAUGCGUCAAGCUCCAGAAAAUGGAUUUACAUACGUGGAAGAUCAGACAAAACAGUACAGUCCAGCUGACUCAGGUUUACGGUCAGAUGAAGUUGCAGACCAGAGUGGAAGUGAGCAGGAGGGAGAUGUUAGACAAACACAGCAACACCCUGCAAAAGCAAGUCUGGAUAUUGCUGUUCCUGGUUCUAUCCACAUUUAUGAGAAAAAGAAGAAAAUAGCUGUUUUCACAGAAGAGGUAAAGGCUGAGCAGAGACAACCAUUGGAGUCUACUGUGAAAGUAAACAAAUUGUGUGAUGAAUUAUUAAGGACAAGCCCAACAAAGAGUACAAGAGCCAGUGUUUAUGCCUGUAAGGAAAGGACUAUUCUUGAUGAGGAUGCAAUGCAAGAAGAUCGUGUGGAUGACCAUGUCCAGGAUGAGACCAAUACAGAUCAAGUAAAUGAAGAUAUAGUAGCUGCAGAAGAAAAGCCAUCAUUACAGACAACAGCAGUAAAAAUAGUUACAGCUAACCUCGAAGGACAGCGGGAUGAGAAUAUGUUCUCUGAAUCCGAGAGGCACUUAACACAUGACACGCUUAAUGAAUCUGCAACAGAGAAAGGUGAAAACUCUGAUGUUCAAGCCACUUCAGCAGCAGAAUCCAGCUGUGACUUAUCAGUAAAAGACCAUGAUCAGGUUGAUGUAGAUCCAGAUCAAAGUAUAAGUGAUGAUGAGAGAGUGGAAUCUACGCAUGGCUCAAGCCCCUUUGAUGACCAAGUUGAAGAAAUUCAAAGAGAAGAUGCAUCGACCACAAGUUCUCAGUUUGAGGAUAGGUUUAUCUCAGAUGAUGAUAUAAUCAGUGGAGACAUAGAGGAAGACAUUGUGAGAGAGAUGGUAAAGCAAAAUAUUAUCGAGUCUGAUGACAAUGGCGACAAGACUGAAAGGGAAACAUCACCAAGCCCAGGUUCUCAGCAUAAUUCAAGUAAAACAAAUGAUAAAAAUAUAAAUAAGGAUAUUGUGGACAAUGCGGGGUUCUCUGCACAGCAAAACAUUACCUUCUCAGAUGACCAAGAUGAGGAUUUUGAAAGAGAAGAAGUAUCAAGGACAGAUUUUCAGUUAGAUGACCCAGAUGUCAAUAUUGGUAAAAGUGAUAAAGAUGACAUUAUUGGAGAACAAGCAGCACCACUUACACAUGAACAUGUUACCUUCUCAGCUGAUCGACAUGACGAUGUAGACAGAGAAGAUGCAUCAGGGGCAGAUUCUCACUUAGAAGACCUGGAUGUCAACAUAAGUGAUGGAGAGAAAGAGAGAGAGAACAUUAUUGGACAAAAAGUACCACCACCAACACAAGAACAAGUUACCUUCAUAAAUGACCAAGAUGAGAACAUUGAAAGAGAAACUGCAUCAGGGUCACAUUGUCAUUUAGACAACCUAGAUGUCAACAUAAGUGACGGAGAGAAAAAUAGUAUUAUUGGAGAAGAGGUAGCACCACCCACGCAUAAACAAAUCAACUUUUUAGAUGAUCAAGAUGAAGACACUGAAAAACACAACAUAUCAGAGGUAGAUUCUCACGUAGAAGACCUGGAUGUUGACAUAACAGAUGGAGAGAAUGAGGAAGAUGAUCAAGAUGAAGACGGUGAAAGAGACAAUGGUUCAGGGGGAGAUUCUCUCUUAGAAGACCCAGAGGUCAACAUAAGUGAUGGAAAGAAAGGGGACAUUAUUAGGGAAGUAUUACCGCCCACUCAUGUACAUAUUGACUUCGCAGGUAAUCGAGAUGAUGAUGUCAAAAGGAAAGAAGCAGCAGGGGCAUAUUUGCAAAUUGAAGACCUAGAUGUCAACAUAAGUAAUGGAGAGAAAGAGGACAUUAUUGGACAAGACGUGCCACCAACCACACAAAAAGAUAUUACCUUCAUGGAUGACCAAAAUGAGAAUGUUGACAGAGAAAAUGCAUCAGGGGCACAUUGUCAUUUUGAUGACCCAGAUGCCAACAUAAGUGAUGGAGAGAAAGAGGAGAUUAUUGGAGAGGUAGCACCACCCACACAUGAAAAUAAUGCCUUCUCAGAUGACCAAGAAGCAGAGGUUGAAAGAGAAGUUGCAUCAGGGGCAGAUUCUCAAUUAGAAGACCCAGACGUCAACAUACAUGAUGGCGAGAAAGUGGACAUUAGUGGAGAAGAAGUGCCACCAACCACACAUGAAUGCAUUACCUUUAUAGAUGACCAAGAUGAGGAGAUUGAAAGAGAAGUUGCAUCCUGGGCAUAUUGUCACUUUGAAGACCCAGAUGUCUACAUAAGUGAUGGAGAGAAAGAAGAUAUUGCCGGGGAAGAACUAACACCACCUGCACAUGAACAUAUUACUUUCACAGACCACCAAGAUGAGGACAUUGAAAUAGAAGUUGCAUCAGGGGUAGAUUUUCACUUAGAAGACCCAGAUGUCAACAUACAUGAUGGAAAGAAAGUGGACAUUAGUGGAGAAGAAGUAACAUUACCCACGCAUGAACACAUUGCCUUUAUAGAUGACCAAGAUAAGAAUGUUGAAAGAGAAGUUGCAUCAGGGGCAGAUUCUCAGUUUGAAGACCCAGAGGUCAACAUACAUGAUGGAGAGAAAGAGGAUAUUACUGGGGAAGAAGUAACACCACCUGCACAUGGACAUAUUACUUUCAUAGACGGCCAACAUGAGGACGUUGAAAGAGAAGUUACAUCAGGGGCAGACUGUCACUUUGAAGACCCAGAUGUCAACAUAAGUGAUGGAGACAACAGGAAAGAGGACAUUAUUGGACAAGAACUGCCUUCGCCCACUCAUGAACACAUUGCCUUCAUAGAUGACCAAGAUGAGAAUGUUGAAAGAGAAGUUGCAUCAGGGUCAGAUUCUCACUUGAAAGACCCAGAGGUCAACAUAUAUGAUGGGGAGAAAGUGGGCAUUAGUGGAGAAGAAGUGCCACCAACCACACAUGAACAAAUUACCUUUAUGGAUGACCAAAAUGAGGAGGUUGAAGGAGAAGUUGCAUCAGGGGCAGAUUGUCACUUUGAAGACCCAGAUGUCUACAGAAGUGAUGGAGAGAAAGGGGACAUUGCUGGAGAAGGAGUAACAUCACCUGCACAUGAACAUAUUACUUUCAUAGAUGACCAAGAUGAGGACGUUGAAAGAGAAGUUGCAUCAGGGGCAGAUUGUCACAUCGAAGUCCCAGAUAUCAACAUAAGCAAUGGAAAAAAAUAUGUUGUUGAAGAAGAAGUAACACCACCUACACAUGAACACAUUAACUUCCCAGAUGAUGAAACUAAAGAGUUUGCAAGAGAAGAUAAAUACGAAGCAGGUUCUAAAAUUAAAGUUCAACUCAAUAUCAUAGAUGAUAGAAUGAAAGAUAAUUAUUCCAUGGAGGAAGCUGAGUUGUCUAUGCAGCAAAAUAAGUACUCGAAUGACCAGGAUAAAACAGAACUUGCAUCAGGAAUUGCCCAAUAUGAAGAUCAGAGCAACUCAGAUUAUGCAGAUAAUGUGGUAGCAUUAUCCACACAGCAACAUAUUAUUAUCUCAGAGGAUAAUGUUGAAGAGUCUGAAAGACAUGUUAUAUCAGAAACAGGUUCUCAGUCAGAGGAUCAGCUAAACUCAGGCAACAUGGAUAACACAGCAAAAGAACAUGUCAGUCUGGAGAAAGAUACCUUGCCAGUCCUGAGAAAUAUUAUUUUGCCAGAUAUGAAUGAUGGAGCAGGAACUGUUUCCCAAUUUGAGAAUCAGUCCAGCUUAGACAACACAGAAAAAGUAAAAGAGAAGGAUAAUAUGGAGAACAUUUCAUCACCUGUACAGCAAAUGAGCAGCAUCUCAGGUGAAGAUGAAGACAGUGGAAAACAAGAAGAAGAAUCUGUUAAGCCUUACACAAUAAAAAAUCAGGAUUCUUGCUCUGUGGAGACUGAACCUGCAAAUGGUCCUCCUUUGACAGUUUCUUGUCAAGAAAUGCCUUUGCCUUCUGUGUCCACAACCCAUGAAGUUAGCCAAGGAUUGACUCCAGAUCCUACUGGAAUACAAGCUCAAGAGUGUCUGAGUACUGCAAAUAUGAAGUAUUCAGAUGACAUAGACACAACUUCAAAGGAAGUGCAAUCAUCCAAGGUGGCCACUGGACAGGUUUUACUGUUUAAUGAAAAUAAAGAGGCCAUUGGUGAUCAGUCGGCAAUGUAUGGACAAGUAUCUGAAGGUGAGGAAUUUAAUUUUUCAAACCAGAAUACCAAAGUAAAAGAUGUCAAAAACACAAUUAAUAUUAAAAAUGAAGUUGGGAGUGACCAUGGAGAAUUACCUUUGAGAACAAGAAAAGAACUCAGUUUUGACCAGGAGAUUGAAGGAGAAUUGUAUAAUUUCUCCAGUGUAACAGGUCAGACAUCAUCUAUAUCUUUUUCAGAGGAUGGACUUGUGGAAAAAACUGUCUCUUCAGUUUUGGAAGCAGAUCCAGGUUCAGAAGAGACUGGACCUACAAGCUUUACUGAAGUGGGCAAAGGUUCCAGGAGGUCUAAUUACCCCGGGUAUAUUCAAGAUGAGAGUCUAAUUAUCUCUGGAGGAGCAGCAGGGAUAGACCCCAGGCAAAGUGAUACAACUGAGGUCUCUCAGCCUACUGGUGACAUCCACGCAACAGAGGCAACUUCUAGUCCUGUGAGUUCUGUGCAGCUUCAGCAAGUCAUUCAACAAACCCCAUGCAACAAAUCCAGAAAGAGUAAAAAAAGGAGCUCAGGCAGCAGUUCCCCAAGCCCAAAAAGCCCAUCUGGGAAGUGUAAGCAACAGUAAUAUUUCAUGCAUUACAUCACAAUUUGAAGCCACAUUGGCAACUUUAGGAUUUUUUGGUAGCUGCUUAUUAUGAAGACUUAAGCUGUAAAAUGUGCAAACGUGAACAUUAAUGCCAGACACUAAAGAUAAGACUCCAAGUGUGCGGCUGGGUUAUCAAC